ACAAUAGUCGAAUAGACGUCUCAAAAUGAAGUUACUUUUAUUCAUCGUCUUCAUUCAAAUCUCUUUUGCUUACGGUCUCAGAGGGAAACGUUGCAAAGAAUAUGAAGAAUACAACUUAAUCACCACAUGCGAAGAUAACCCUGACGUUUUUUCGGACACAAGUGCGAUCAUAGACAGACAUGGUUUUCCUGUGGAAAAUCAUACAGUUUAUACAAAGGAUGGAUACAUUUUGAAUGUAUACAGGAUACCAAAUCCAUCCGGACAACCUGUAUUCUUGCAGCACGGCGCUGCAGCAAGUUCCGAGUGGUGGGUUUACACCGGAAAUAAUUCUUUAGCAUUUAGAUUGGCCAGGAAAGGGUACGACGUAUGGUUGGGCAACACCAGAGGAAACUAUAAUUCGGAUGAACGCAAUCAUAAAACAGAUAAACAAUAUUGGAACUAUACUAUAGACGAUAUGGGAAACUACGAUUUGCCGGCUGUCUUCGAUACCAUAAUCAAAGAGACCAACAAACGAGGUGAAAUAAUUUACGUUGGACACUCGCAGGGAACAACUGAAGCCAUGAUCUACUCCAUCACGCAUAGAGAUGAAGCCAAACGUAACUUGAAGGGACUAAUUCUCAUAUGCCCAGUCGCUAAAAUGAAUUCUACCAACAAGCUUUUAAUCAAUUUCGUCAAAAUACUGGAUGUAUUGCAAAUUGAUCACACCGGUUCCAGUAACAAUUUGUUAACUGCAAUUUUGCAAAACUUCGGUUCUCUUAUGAAGAAUUUGGCCAAUUUAAGUAAUUACAUAUACGGACCAACUAACCUCUACACUGCAGAAUAUAUGCCGAUCUUCUUUAGGUAUUUGAUGAGCAGUGAAUCCACGUUACCGCUUAAGCAGUUUGCGCAAAUGGCGUCAAGCGGGAAAUUUGAAGCGUACAACCAUGGUCUUGGAAGUCCUAAAGUUUACGACCUUUCGAUGAUAAAUGUACCGGUGCAUUUGAUUGCUGGUAAAAACGACGCUCUGGCUAAUUUAACUGACGUGAUGAUUGUUCACGAGGAAAUUAAGAAUUCGAAGUUGACAGUGAUGCAAGGCUACAACCAUAUGAAUUUUUUCUUCAGCAAAAACAUAGAUGAUUUCUACGAUGAAUUUGAUAUCGCCAUUAACAAUUUAAAAUAAGAUUAUUAUAAAUUUCAAAUCAAAUUUCUAUACUGCAUUUAUU